UUAGUCUGUGGACAGCGUUGUGUAUUUUAUUGUAAUUUUGUUAAAAUAAUUUUCCUUCAUCAAGUGUUAGCUCAAUUUUAAUCAUGAGUUUAAACAGUAUGAAUGCGCUGCCCGCGCAGCCUACGGGUAUUCAGAGUACUGCAGGAGCUGUACCGAUUCGAAAUGAAAAAGGUGAAAUAUCUAUGCAAAAGGUGAAGGUACAGAGGUACAUAUCUGGUAAGAAACCUGACUACGCGCAAGGAGCGUCAUCCUCGGAAGAUUCAGCCACUGAGGAUUUCAUAGAACAGCAGAGACCAGAGAGAAGGCAACAGACAUUACCACAAGUGAUCAGCCGUAAGGAUGACCACAGUGAUUCUGAGGGAGAGGUGGACGACCCACGUCUCCGCCGUUUGCGAGUGGCCGCACGCUCGCCGCCCCGUCGCGCCGAGCACAAGCCUGAAAUUAUCGACGCAGAACCAGAAGAGGAAUCAGCUUCCAGUGCUGAGGAGCAACACGAUAGCUCGGAGAGUGAAGAUGAGUUGGACGAGGAGGAGAUUGAGAGGCGACGGCAGGCGCUUAAAGCUAAACUUGCUGCCAGGGAGGCAGAGAGAGAAGUCCUGGGCAGAGAGGAGGAUGAGGAAAUGCUGGAUGGCAUCAAAGAGGAGAGUGGUUCCUCGGACACUGAGUACACUGACAGUGAAGAAGAUACUGGGCCGAGAGUGAAACCGGUAUUCGUGAGAGCGUCAGAUAGAAUGACGGUGGCAGAACGAGAGCGUAAAGCGAAACAGCAGAAGAAAGAAGAGUCAGAGGCGCGGAAAGAGAAGGAGGAAAGAAGGAGGGAGGCUUUGAAGCUAGUUGAAGACACUAUCCGGUCUGAGCAGAGGAGUACACAGGCUGAGCAGAAGGAGGGCAAUAUAAACGACGUGUGCACAGACGACGAGAACGACGAGGUGGAAUACGAGGCGUGGAAACUGCGCGAGCUCAAGCGGAUAAAACGGGACAAGGAGGAGAGAGAGGCCGCCGAGAAGGAGUUAUUAGCGAUCGAACGCAUGCGCAAUAUGACGGAAGAAGAGCGUCGCGUCGAACAGAGACUCAACCCCAAACUGGUCACCAACAAGUCCGUCAAGGGCAAAUACAAGUUCCUACAGAAGUAUUACCACAGAGGUGCCUUCUACUUGGACAAAGAAGAAGAGGUGUUCAAACAAGACUUUUCGGGAGCAACGUUGGACGAUCACUUUGACAAGACUGUUCUACCUAAGGUGAUGCAAGUAAAGAAGUUCGGUCGCUCCGGGCGCACCAAGUACACGCAUUUGGUCGACCAAGACACCACGGAGUUCGACUCGGCGUGGAGCAGCGAUUCAGCUGCCGCUCGGUUGGCGAACUUCCGCGGGGGGAUGAAACAGGUGUUCGACCGCCCGACCGCCAAGAGGAAGCAUACUGUCUAGUGAAAUUAGUGUUUUGUAUAAAUAAGUUAGAUUAUAUUGUUGAAAUAACUGUAAAAUUUGACGAGAGAUGUGUGUUCUAAAAUAUGAAGUAGCUAAUGUAAUUUUUUUUUGUAUUGCGGCAAAAAUAUAUUCAACUGAAGCUGCAAAAUUAAACAAAGAUUUCUGUACAUAAUGUUCGGCAAAAUAAAUAACUUUAAGUACUUUA